GUUCGUUACAUGGAAAAGUACAACCAAAGCUACAGGAGAAAUGGUCGGAGAGCUGAUCGACAUUCUCAACAUUUCUCGAAAGGACGAAGGCAAUUUUACAUGUUUUGCUAGCAACAAAAUGACCCCAACUGGCUAUGCAGAAAAAGUUGGAGUCGACACACACAACUUUUAUGUCGAAAUAAAGCAACAAGACAGAGAUUCGUUGCUUCAAAUGCCACUUUGAAUCAUAUGCAAGAAUUACAGUUUAUAUGCGAUGUAGAUAGCGACCCGCCAGGUAAUAUUAGUAUAUUGUCUUCAAAUGGCACAACAUUGCAAUCUACGGCAGGAAAUAAACAACUGCGAUAUAGCAAGACCAGUUCAUGCUUGGAAGACAAAGGCAGUUUUACAUGUGUAACUGCGAACACGCAUAAUAGUGGAUCACCCGAGAGCAGAACUAUCACAGUUGAUGUCAGAUGUUCACCCAUGUAUCGUCUUAACGAAUUCCCAAUCACGAGUGUCAGGAGUUCUCAAGGUGAAAAGGCAGUUAUGAACUUUAGCUUCUAUUCUAACCCAUUACCAACAAGUAUUGUGUGGCGAAACCUUUCAAGCAAUUUGAAAAAUGCCAUACAUGCCAAUGACAAUGACAGAGUAACGAUAAUUACAUCAGAAGACAACAUGACUUCAGUUGUCAUAGUCAACCCAGUAGAACCCGGAGAUUUUUGCAACUACUCCGUCACAGCAGACAAUGAGGUUGGAUCUAAAAUGGAGAUAUUUCGCAUUCUUAAAGAUGAUGAGUCUCUUGCAACAAAGAGUGCAUCAACGAGCUCAUUUGCAACAAUUAUAGGUUCUGUUGGCGCUUCUGUGGUGUUAAUAUCUAUCCUUUUAGUGACAUUCUUCUACAGGAAACGAAAGUCUACUAAUAAAAACAAUGAUCUUGACAUCAAGAACGACGAUUCCGAGUAUGAGGAAAUAAGGUAUAAAGAGUUAACGACCCUGGGAUACACGGGCGUCAUGGAAUAUUCCGAACUCGAUUUCCAACGAAAACUUGAAGAAACCGAACAGCGAACAACACCGGCUGAAUACGAGACAUACGAGAACCUACAACUGUUCACAUGCAGAACUAAAAUCUUAUCCACCUCAUAAAACUUUUCGACUGAGUGUGCGAUGAUCUCUUACUUAUUUGUUUCAUUGGUGAUUUGAUGAAAUCCUCAUCAUUUAGAAUAUCUUUGUAAAGUUUAGAAAAUAAACAGAUUAAAAGUUACAA